AAGAUUUGUUUCAGCAUUUCAUUAGUGGGUCUAUCUUUGAACGUUUUUUAUCUAAGAAUUUGUUAUUUUGUAUAAGUUUUUCAUUCCAUGAUCGCCUUUUUUUUUGUCAUAAAUUAGAUUUUAGCAAAAUGGGUUUUUCUUGAAAGUCUCCAUAUAUGGUUUUUUUUCCCCUGCAUUUUUGGAAUGCUUAUGUGGGUUUUAGUAUUUUAUUUAUUUAUUUAUUUAUUUAUUUUCAGUCUUAAGAUGCAAUUUUAGUGUUAUACAUAUAUAUGCAUUUAUUUAAAAACUUCAGAAGGAAAAAAAGUCAAGGUAGGAUGAAUUUGAUAUGCGUGUUCUGGUUAUUGGAUUUUAGAUUCUAUUUCAAAAAGUUUUAAAAGGACUCACAAAAUGAAUGUAAGUUUUUAUUUGCAUUUUAUUUAUUUUUGUAUUUCUAUCUUUUUCAUGCUUUUUUUUUUUUUUUUUUCAAUGCAAUCAAUAAGCACAGUGAAGGAUGAAAUUAAUCGCUUACAUUUCAUGUCGAUUCGAUAAAUUAGUCUUAUAUUUGAAGUUGCUUGAGGAUUCUAAUUAGCAUUUGUACUCUUCUUUAAACCCGGUUUCGUUUUUUCCUUUUUUAUUAUCUCUUUCUUUUUUGUUGGGAAAUGUAAAAGGUCAAAAAUAAAGUACAACAAAUUUUGAUGCUUCUUUUUUUAUUUUCUUCUUCUUCUUCUUUUAUUUUCAUUUUAUGUUUUGAAUGUUAAUGGUAUUCGUUUACCUGACGAACAUCGAAUGUACAGCUGAAUAAUGACUUUAACUAAGUUAACAAAAUCAAAAGCCCUGUUCUGAUCCGGUUAUCAGGCCAUUAUAUGAGUUAGACACAAGUUCUCUUGAAGAUAUUCUGCCUGAGAUUCCAAUGUGGGUGAAAAACCCCGACUAUGAUCGACUAGAUUGGCUAAACAAGUUUAUCCUGCAAAUGUGGCCUUACCUCGAUACGGCAAUUUGUUGUAGAAUAAGAAACAUGGCACCGUCCAUUUUUGCAGAGUAUAUUGGGAAGUUUAAUAUUGAGGCAAUUGAGUUUGAAAAUCUGAGUCUUGGAACUCUUCCUCCAAAAAUCUAUGGUUUAAAAUUUUACAAGACCAAUGAGAAACAACUAGUCAUGGAACCUAUAUUUAAAUGGGCUGGCAAUCCUAACAUUGUUCUGGUAGUAAAAUUAUUGUCUCUAAGAAUUAAAGUCCAGUUAGUAGAUUUGCAAAUAUUUGCGUCUCCACGGAUUAAUUUGAAACCUCUUGUUCCUUCCUUCCCUUGUUUUGCAAACAUUGCAGUUUGUUUGAUGGAAAAGCCACAUGUAGAUUUUGGCAUGAAAGUAUUAGGAGGGGAUUUAAUGUCUAUACCUGGCCUCUAUCGGUUUAUUCAGGAAACUAUCAAAAGACAAAUUGCAAGACUAUACCUUUGGCCCCAAACUCUUGAAAUUCCUAUUCUUGAUGCUUCAACAGUUGCUGUUGUGAAGCCUGUGGGGAUACUACAUGUGAAGGUUGUUCGGGCACUGAAACUUUUGAACAUGGACUUCUUGGGAACUUCUGAUCCUUAUGUCAAACUCAGCUUUAGUGGAGAGAGACUGUCUGCAAAGAGGACAACAGUCAAGAUGAAUAACUUGAAUCCUGAAUGGAACGAGAAGUUCAAGCUUAUUGUGAAGGAUCCUCAAUCUCAAGCUCUUGAGUUACAAGUGUAUGACUGGGACAAGGUUGGGAGACAUGACAGGUUAGGAAUGCAGUUAGUUCCCCUAAAACUGCUAACACCCAAUGAGACAAAAGAAUUCACAUUGGAUCUGGUCAAGAAUACAAAUAUGAAUGAUCCUCAAAACAAAAAGCGUAGAGGGAAAAUUGUGGUGGAGAUGACUUUUGUUCCUUUCAAACCAGACAGCAUCAAGUUCAAUGAAUCUUGGGAUGGAAAUGGCAAGAUGGAAAGCAGAACAAGUAGAUCAUUGGAUGAUGAGGCCCUGGGUAAAGCAGGUUUACUUUCGGUCAUGAUCCUAGGAGCUGAGGAUGUAGAAGGGGAGCAUCACAACAAUCCUUAUGCUUUGAUUCGCUAUAGAGGAGAAACGAAGAAAACUAAGAUAAUGAGAAGAACUCGUGACCCGGUUUGGAACGAAGAGUUUCAGUUUAUGCUUGAUGAGCCUCCAUUGCACGACAAGAUUAGUGUGGAGGUCAUGAGCAGCAGGACAGGACUUAGUCUUCGAUCGAAGGAAUCAUUGGGAUACAUUGAAAUUAAUCUCACUGAUGUCGUACACAAUGGACGCAUCAAUGAAAUAUACCAUCUUAUUGAUUCAAAAAAUGGGAAAAUUCAUAUAGAGAUAAGCUGGAAUGUGACUUGAAGCUUUGUAUUUGGUUCAUGAUAUCUUGCCAAGAAGAAUUUUUAACCACAAAGGACUGCAGGAGUAAAAUGAGAUACAGAAAAAGAAAGCAUAGCAAUUUUUCUUUUUCUUUUUUUUUGGGUCAUAUUUUUGUUAUAAUAUUUUCAAUCUAGAGUCUUUUAUAGCAAAGUGGGGUUAUCAUAAUUUUUAUACAAUGAAAAUUUUUCAUAAAGCUUGGCAGAUCAUUAUAUAACUCUGCAAGUGUUAAAAGAUUUUGUUGAAUGUAUUGUAUGUGAAUUUUUAGACAAGUGGAUUUCAAUUGGCUUUAAAGUGUAUACGAUUGUUUAUAUGUCUAUCUUGCAUAAUAUGAGGCUUUUGUCCAAAUUGUUUGA